AUGGCAGACUACCGGGAAGACACCGGGGCUCGAGCCCUGCUCGCCCUGCAGUCGGCGCCGUGCAGCCCCGUGCGCGUCGCGGUGACCUCGCACGUCUACCACCAGCCCUCGCUCGCCCUCCUCGGUCCGCCGAUGAUGGAAGCCCGCAGCGACGGCGGCAGGCUGCUGCCCGGGCGCCUCGCUUCGCCGCUGCCACAGGCCCUCGCCAGGCUCGAGGGCCGGGACUUUGAGUUUGUCAUGCGCCAGAGGACGGUCACCGUGGGCCGCAACUCGUCGCACGGCUCCGUGGACAUCAACAUGGGCCACUCGAGCUUCAUCUCGCGGCGACACCUGCAGGUCACCUACGACGACGCGAGCGGCUUCUCCCUCCGGUGCCUGGGCAAGAACGGCGUGUUCGUCGACGGGGUGUUCCAGCGGAGAGGCGCGCCGCCGCUGCUGCUGCCCAGAGAGUGUGUGUUUCGUUUUCCUAGUACCGUCAUCAAAAUCCAGUUCAUGUCACUCCUGGAGCCGGAGGAGCGCCGAGAGAAAGAGCAGCCCUCUCCUCCCCUUCGCCCGCUCCUGCCCCACAUUUCCCCUCUCAAAAUCAGCAUUCCCACGGUGCAGCAGCAUGAGGAGCACAUCAGGGCAUUUGGCUCUCCGCUGCCGUCGCCCACAGGCACCAUCAGUGUCCCCAACUCCUGUCCGGCCAGUCCACGCGGGGCGGGGUCGUCAGGGUAUCGCUAUGGACGCAACGUGACCUCCGACCUCCAGCUAGCAGCUGAAUUUGCUGCCAAGGCCGUUUCUGAGCAGAGGCGAAGCACUGCUGAGCAGAGAGGCGGGGGCAGUGAGCAGCGGGGGGAGUCGGCCGGCGGAGACAGCCCCAAGGAUGAGUCCAAGCCUCCGUAUUCCUAUGCACAGCUGAUCGUCCAGGCCAUCUCUUCUGCCCCAGACAAACAGCUGACUCUUAGUGGCAUCUACGCCCACAUCACUAAACACUACCCCUACUAUCGCACUGCAGACAAGGGCUGGCAGAACUCAAUCAGACACAACCUGUCGCUCAACCGCUACUUCCUGAAAGUGGCCCGCUCUCAGGACGAGCCCGGGAAAGGCAGCUUCUGGCGCGUGGACUCUGCUUCCGAGAGCAAGUUGGUGGAGCAAGCAUUCAGGAAACGACGGCAAAGGGGGGUGGCUUGCUUUAGGACGCCUUUCGGACCCCUCUCUUCGAGGAGUGCCCCUGCAUCUCCGACGCACCAGGGGCUCCUCUCUCCAACAUCCAGCGGGCUACAGACUCCCGAGUGUCUGAGCAGGGAGGGCUCUCCGAUCCCCCACGACCACCACGAACAGCUGGCCAACAAACUGGCGUCUGUACCCGAGUAUAGGUACUCCCAGAGCGCCCCAGGAUCUCCAGUCAGUGCUCAGCACGUCAUCAUGGCCGCCCCCCCUCACCCGACAGUCCUGCCCACCGGACCGGGAAAAGCGCUCGCUUUUGUCGCAAGUGGCAGCGGCCAAAUCCAGCCCAUCCACUUGCUCCAGACCGCUCCCCAGUCCUCCGUCACCAUGAUGCGGGUGGUCACCAGUGCCCCUCCGCUUUCCAACCCUCCGAACGGUUACAGCGCCCCCUCUGUCGGAGGAGAAGAGGGCAACAGCGAGCUCAGAGACCCCCAACUGAACAGAGAGCGUGUGAUCCAGACUGUGGAAAGUGCAGUUCAGGGGGGGGAUGGACGGAACCUGGCUCCAGGUUUACAUCAACUUCCUGUUCGCCCCAUCACUCAGAACGGCAAACACACCACUGCUGUUGUAGCCACAGCAACCAGCCUUGCUAAUGCGUCUGGGCUGAACAGUCCUCUCCAGAUCUUGGCUGCCCAGGCCUCCAGCUCCCCUCCGGUGCUGCUGAGCCGACAGCCCAGUGCAGAAACGUUAGCCGAGCAGCCCGGCGCACCCCAGGCCAAGCGGCCAAAGAUGGAGGACGAGGGCGGCGCUGAGUCUGCUCAGCAUCAGCUCACGUCUGCCCAGCAGCCCGUCAUCGUCGCCAUGACGUCGCAAACCCACGACCCUUGGAAGUAGAACCCAGGCCUUCUCACCAGGUACCCAACGGACAGCCUCUCCUCGUCAGUUCACCUCUUAUACGCAUUUGAUAUGACUGCAGCCGACACGGCCCAAAAAUGUACACACAGCUUCUUUCCUCAGAAGGGAAUUAAAUUGUAAGGAACAUACAUAUUUUGGACGACAGUAAGAUGGAAACGUUCAAAUGCAUUCUGAAUUUAAAAAUCACGACUUUUUCAGCUUUACAGUCUUUUUAAAAAAAAAAAGAUAUAAUGUAAUCCUCCAUUCACAAACAAACUAAACUCAAUGAAAGCAUUAUGCAUAAAAUCAUUUUGGCACUACUUUUACCUUUUGUGAAUGUUUGGAGAAUAUCUAAUGUCUCAUACGACCUUUACGCUUGCUGAUGGAUCAGAUUCAUCCGUUGUUAUCACUCUCAGGCCAAAGAACUCGCCUCGUCUGCACUGCCUGAAUUCACUGGCCCGAAUUUACAGGAGAAACUGUGGAGCGAAAGGCAGCGGACGGUUUAACUGCAGACCAGGUCGAUGGGGCUUGGCGGACUGUUAAAGGGGCAGCAGUAAGCGAUCUGAAUCCAAUACACCUUUUCUUUUUUUAAAUAAAUAUCUGCAAAUAUUUCCUCACGGCCCGUUAGCUGUCGGUUCUGUGCUUUUUCGGUGCAGUUUGAAAACAUCACUCGCGGACACCUUAAAGGGGCAGUGAGCGAUUCUAAAUCGAUACACGUUUUGUAAAAAUCUGCGAAUAUUUCCUCACCGGCCGUUAGCUGACGCUAUUAUGUGACCCUAACCCAAGCCCAGGCUCCGUAGAUGGAAAACAUAAGGAUGGUGCGGACCGCACCACACAACACUGCGAGUGCAGUCUGUGAACGUCACUCGUCGACACCUUAGGAGACGUGCUGGUGGGCGGCGCUGCAACUCCGAAAUUUUGGCCUAGUGGAUGGUGCGUCGGACUCCCAGAGCAGUAUCAUCACAACAACAACAGCAAGGAGAGAAACAAGCUUUCUCCAGAAUCGCUUACUGCCCCUUUAAGAGACCUGUGUUAGCGCGUCAAUCUCACAUACCCCGAGGUCGCGGGUUCGUGGCCCGGCCAGAGCAGUAAAAUCAUCAACAGCAACAACAACAAAGAGAGAAACAGGAGGAGCUUUCUGCAAAAAAAACCCGCUAACUGCCCCUUUAAGAAUAUGAUUGUACUCUUCAUACGGCAAUCCUUGGAGACAGAAGAAAUCAGAGAGAUGUUAAUAUAAAGGCCGUGAUCAGGAUGUGAACGUGAGGCAUCUCGUCUUCUCUGUAAAGCACAAAAAGAGAGAGUAUCUUUUUUUUUUUAUUAUUAUUCUUUUCUCUCUUUUUUUGCUGAAGAAAAGAUGAGAGGAAAUCGAGGAAUAACAAACCAAGAGCUUUUGCAGUGCUUGCUUCACCUUCAGCCCAGUUUGGUUGAUCGGUGCGAAGCUCCUCAGAAGAAUCAAGACAAUCUGGGCAGUGAAGUUGCAACAGGACAGAGCAACAAAAAAAUCAAAGCAACGAAAAAGACAAGGAGGCAACUGUCGUGAGUUGAUUGAAGUGGAGCUAACCUAAUGUAGACAAACUGAUUGUUGUUUUAAUUUGUUGUUUGUGUUGUGUCAGUAGUGGUGAGAGGACAGGUGAAACGGCCCGUGCCCACAGCUCUGUCUCGGCACAGCGAAGCAUUACCGUAAUAAUCCCUAAAGCCUUAAAUAUUUCUACUUUUAGUUUUUUUCUCCUCUUCUUCGUCAUUUUAUUUUAACCUUUAGAAGAAAAAAAGAAAAGCUUUACCUUUUUUUUUUUUCUUUUUUUUUAGAUCGUUAACACAGCGCUUCUUUAACGGCACAUGAUCGGCAACACUACAAUGGUGACACUCACGUUGCGUCAGUGGACCUGUGUAUCAGUUUUAUCAGGGGAAGGGGCGGGACCAACAAAUGACAAAAAAAACAAAAGAAUUCUGUCUUGUUUUUCUUUCUUCAUGGUACAUUUCUCAUCCUCUCUACUCUCAGCGCUCCUUCGCUUCCAUGUUCUGCUCUACUUUUUUUUUUUUUUUUUUUAAUUUUUAGUUUUUAUCCCCUCUCUUCUUUUACCUCCAUCCCUCCCCGUCCUCAGCGAGCAGCCUCCGUCUUUUCAGCCUCUGCAGAGGCAUCAUGUUGGCAGUUCCUGUCACAGACAUUGACUUCAUUAGAUAUUCAUGAGCACUUUCUCUCCCCCCCUCCAUCCUCUCAUUCUCACUCUACCUUUAGCUUUUCCGAACGUCCUCACAGGCGCCUCAUGUUCAGCUGGUAAUCAGGCACAAUUCUGCGCAAGAUUUCAGUGAUUGUUGUUGCACAUUAGAAAAAAGAAAAAAAACUAGACAAAAAAAAAAAAGAUGCGUAAUGAUUGUAUGCUGCUCUAUCUGCUAAAUGACAAAGCUAUUUAGAAGGUAUUUUUUUCUCGUUUUGGAAAAAACAAAAUAUUUUGCUAUAUGUAAAAAAACAAACAAACAGCUGUCAUCAAUACCUAAACAUUCUGGAAAUAGAGAAGUAUAUGUAUUUUUAAAUGUUUCUGUUUUUUUGUGAUUUGUUAAAAAAUGUGUAGCACAAAUUAAAAUUCCUCCUUGAAGUAAA